ACAGGUCUUUGCCUUCUGGUCAUUGCCUGGAGCAAAAAACAGAGAGGGCGGAUCCGUGCAGAAUUUCUGAAACUGGUGUACGGAAGACAAGGAGCCCACGAUCUUCGCUCUUCCUGAGUGCUACUGCACAGGAGGAGGACUAGGUACCAGAUGGGGGUCGUCCUGCGGCGCCGACAGAAUACAAAGCAGGAACUGCCUCAGAGGCACUUGAGGGCUGACCGGCUCACCGGUGGAGGACCUAUAGCGUGGGGCGCAGGAUUCACUGUCCCCUAAAACAGAAACGGAGUCCUGGAAAAGGGUAGUAUCUGAAUAAAGAGUUUAUCCAAGGACCAGACGGGAGGUCUGGGAAGGGAGCCAGUAGAUGACAGAGAAGAGACCAAAUGUGUUCCAGAGGAAAUAAACACUUGCUGGAGGAGCCUUGGAUUCAUUGCCAGGUGAUCUUCAGGUAAGAGGUGCAGGAAAUGGUCCUCAGUAGUAAGUAGUAGUAGGAGUAGUCUGGGGACCGUGGAAAUAGUGAGGAGGGACAUCUCCACGAAAGCACGAGAAAGUGAGUGCCCAUCCUGAAAGCCACAGCCACACGGAGAACUUUCUAGAAAGCAACAUGACUUUCAGUGUUACAGGAUGUGGAGAAGCCAGAGAAGUGGAAGCCCAAAAGCACCCUUGGGAGUUUCUGACCCCAAGGUCACUGGGCAAGAGGGGAGUGCCCGGGCAGACGUGAGAUGAGGCCAUAAAAGGUGGCUCAGGGGUUCACAAGGGUGUGCAACGGAGUGGGAGAGAAUUUGCAGGGCUGAGUCUAGGGGGUGAAAGAUGAACCUGGGGCUCAGAACAUUUGACUCCUCAGUAAAGGAGGAACCGGAAGGGUGGGCGGACUCAGAUCCGGGUCAGGUCAAUGGAUUGCCAAAUGAGCGGUGCUGGAGGGGGCUUAUUGGACAGGACGAGUCCCUGAGGGCCACAGGGGAUGUAACCUGGCACGGGAUUAAGAGCCACUCUUAGGGGAUCCCCUUGUCUAAAACCUUCAAAGCAGCCCUUAUACCUUGACCUUCCCUACCUCCCUGCCCCCUCGCCCCCGCCUGUGAUUGAUGCACGUGUGACAGCGGCAAGAGUUUCACUCGGGAGCCAGAUGGGACUUAACGAGCUCAGACCCGCACCGGCCAGGUCAGGAUUCACUCGCGGAGGGUCCUGAAGUCCAGGGUGUGCAAGAUUGGAUCUUCAGGGUCGCGGUACACCAAGCGAGGGUCCUCGGAAGGGACCCGUGGGGUCGGAGUCCGGGUCAGGACCUGCGCAAGGCUCUGUGUGCCAGAGGGGAGGGGAAGCGGUGCGCGCGGUGCGCGCGGUGCACAUCCGCAAAGCGAGCGCGCAGGGGAGAGACCGUCGGGGUCACACCGGGAGGGUUGAGGGCUCGCAACAGGUCCGCUGCGCUAAGGCGCAGGGCGCGGACCCUCGGCUCUCCCCGUCCCCUGCCGACCGCCCCCGUCCCCACUCCCUCCCCCUUCGCUGCCGCCGCCGCCCAACGUCGCCGCCGGAAAGUUUGCUAGCGGCUGGCACGGCGGCGCCAACCCCGAUCGGAGACGAGUGGCUGCCAGCUCCCAGACCUGAGCGAGCUCGAGGACCGCGAGACGCCCAGCCCUAGCCCGAGCCACGGAGCACAGGUCACUGGGGGACCCCAGCAGCUCUGAGGUGGGGACCAGACAUAGUGGGUAAAGGCCCAGUUUCUGGCUUCUCCACACCGAGCCCACUAGUGACCUGGGCAGCAGAUGGGACAAUUUGAUCCAAAUCAGGACAGUAAGGCUACUUGGUGAUCCUGGAGCCUGAGGAGGGGUGUCCACACCCCAAGGACCCAGACGUGCAACCCCUGCCAGAUGUGGGGGGUGGCUACCCAAGGGCAUGCCUCGCACCCUGCUCCACAGUCCCCACCUGCUGCUCCUGCUGCUGUCAUGUCUGCCGAAAGCACCCUCUGCCCAGGUGAUGAACUUCUUGUUUGAGAAGUGGAAGCUUUAUGGUGAUCAGUGCCACUACAACCUGAGCCUACUGCCCCCACCUACCGAGCUGGUUUGUAAUAGAACCUUCGACAAGUACUCCUGCUGGCCUGACACCCUGCCCAAUACCACAGCUAACAUCUCCUGCCCCUGGUACCUACCUUGGUACCACAAAGUGCAGCACCGCCUGGUGUUCAAGAGGUGCGGGCCUGACGGGCAGUGGGUGCGAGGGCCGCGGGGGCAGCCAUGGCGCAACGCCUCCCAGUGCCAGAUGGACGACAAAGAGAUCGAGGUCCAGAAGGAAGAGGCCAAGAUGUAUAGCAGAUACCAGGUGAUGUACACUGUGGGCUACAGUCUGUCCCUAGGGGCCCUGCUUCUUGCCCUGGUCAUCCUGCUGGGCCUCAGGAAGAUGCACUGCACCCGAAACUAUAUCCACGGGAACCUGUUUGCGUCCUUUGUACUCAAGGCUGGCUCUGUGCUGGUCACUGAUUGGCUGCUCAAGACACGCUACAGCCAGACGAUUGGAGAUGUCCUCAGCGUGAGCAUCUGGCUCAGCGAUGGGGCGGUGGCUGGCUGCCGAGUGGCCACGGUGAUCACGCAAUACGGCAUCAUAGCCAACUAUUGCUGGCUGCUGGUAGAGGGUGUGUAUCUGUACAGCUUGCUGAGCCUUGCCACCUUCCAAGAGAAGAGCUUCUUUUCCCUCUACCUGGGCAUUGGCUGGGCUGCUGUUCCCACAGGAGCGCCCCUGCUGUUUGUCAUCCCCUGGGUGGUGGUCAAGUGUCUGUUUGAGAAUGUCCAGUGCUGGACCAGCAAUGACAACAUGGGCUUCUGGUGGAUCCUGCGGAUCCCUGUCUUCCUGGCCAUAUUGAUCAAUUUCUUCAUCUUUGUCCGCAUCGUUCACCUUCUUGUGGCCAAGCUGCGUGCCCGGCAGAUGCACUAUGCUGACUACAAGUUCCGGCUAGCCAGGUCCACGCUGACCCUCAUCCCUCUGCUGGGGGUCCAUGAGGUGGUCUUUGCCUUUGUGACUGACGAGCACGCCCAGGGAGCCCUCCGCUCCAUCAAGCUCUUUUUCGACCUCUUCUUCAGUUCCUUCCAGGGUCUGCUGGUGGCUGUCCUCUACUGUUUCCUCAACAAGGAGGUGCAGGCAGAGCUACUGAGGCGUUGGAGGAGAUGGCGAGAAGGCAAAGCCCUUAAGGAGGAACAGAUGGCUAGCUGCCGUGGCAACCACACGGCCCCAGCAGGGUCUAGCCACGGUGAACCCAGUGAGAAACUUCAGCUCGUGAGUGCAAGCAGCUGCAACGGGACUUCCUUCGCCAGCAGUCUCUCAGGGAUGACUGACAGCCCCACCUGAAGCCCCACGGGAGCCCAGCCAGGCUGGAUUCAGAAAGGGCCUUACAGGACAACUCAGAACCAGACGCCUGGCCAAGGCUGGAGAGACAACGCAGCCAGACAGCAGAUUGCGGCUGUCCUGACCCUGGCAUAGGCCACCUGAUGGAGUGGGGGUUGAAUGUGAUAGAGGAGUUAUGCUAUGAACUGUGGUGUUCCCGUGUGCUGGCAUGUCCCAUGUGCCCAAUGUAUGUCCUUCAAUAAAGAGGUCGAGGAGUA